AUGUCGUCCACCGCGUCCUUCACACUGGAUGCUCCAACAGUCCUCUGCAUCGCAAUCUCUCUCUCCUUCAUGCCAAUUGCCUACGCUCUGAGCAAGGCACUUAUUCCAGCACACAAGACACGUGACCGUAUCCUCUUCUUCUGGCACGCCUACGAUGCUCUCACCCACCUCUUCAUGGAAGGCUCCUUCCUCUACGAGUGCUUCUUCAGCUACGCCGCCGUCGCAGCCGGCAUCAAUGCCCCAGAGCCAUACUUCCUCAACGAUCCGACUCGUGUCUAUGGCGCUGCCUACGGAACUAGGCCCACCUCGCGCCUGUGGCAGGAAUACGCAAAGGCGGACCGCCGCUGGGGUGGGUCCGAUUUGACUGUCAUCUCGCUGGAGUUGUUGACUGUUUUCCUCGGUGGCCCAGCUGCCAUUUACAUCUGUUAUCUACUGUGCCGUUCCUCCAAUGAGAAGAUCAGUGCCAAGUCCCGUGGUGGUUUCAAGGCGACUCUGUGGUUUGCUGCAACUGCGCUCGCCACGGCGGAAUUAUAUGGCGGAUUCAUGACCUUCGCGCCCGAGUGGCUGUCUGGUAGCUCAUCGCUGGCUACCGAGGAUCCAGUCUACCUCUGGCUCUACUUGUUCUUCUUCAACACCCUCUGGGUCUUUAUCCCUCUGUGGGUCUUGUCGGAGGCGUUUAAGGAGCUGCGUGGUGCCUUUGUGGCAGCGGAGACCCGCAAUGAGCGCAAGAACCAGUGA